AGUUGGCCUAAUUGCUUCUCAUCCCCUGUUUCACCUACGUGACCUACCUUGCUCCUCUCGCCGUGCGCCCGAUCUCCUCGUCCCGGGCGUUCAGUCGUCACAUAGCGAGAGAUCCCCAAAUCUUGUGAACCCUAAUUUUCCGCCCACACCAUCCAAUCUAGGGUUCGCCCAGUCGCUGCGCCUCGUCCCCCGAUUUGGAUAUGGUGCCCCCCUCUCCGGGCGUCCGGAACUUUCGCUACGGGAUGCCCCAUCUGGACCGCGUUUCACGAUCUGCUUAUGCAUCCAUGGUCGUCAUGGCAAGGAACAUUGCAGUAAAAGGCGAGAAUACAUGGGGCAAGUCGAAUUGGCUCUGCUGCCCCCCUUGUUGCAGUAACUAUUUCUGCACCUCCACCUACGCCAAUGGCGACCAAUCUGCCAUUGCCGAAGCCAUGGAUAGAGCAGAGAUGAAGGGGCGGACCUCUUCUCGUGUAUAUACAGCCCACAUCCUUAACACCACCACCCACCGGGACGGUUCUAUAUACAAGAAACACUCUGGUUUUCUAGGUUUAUGGCCACUUACCCGACGUGAUGAGAGUUCUGUUAUUGGGAUGACUGGCCCCAAGCGAUACAUCGCAACGCUAGCCCCUGUUCUAGUUGAGUUUGACAUGAGGAUCAAGAAAGGAGAGCAAGAAGAGGAUGAUCUACAACUAAUUGAUGGUGCAAUAGAGUACAGCAAUCUAUGCACAUCUGAAUACCCAUUCACAGAUCGUAUUAAUGGCGAUUGCGGCACGGUUGACAUUACUUUAGCCCUCGUUCGUUGGGCAUUUGAGGCCACAAUAGAUGUUACCGUAUCAAAAGUGCAGAGUAGAUUCGAUUUAUCUCUCAGUUCGUUUGUUUUUAUUAUCGAUGGGUUACAUGAGAUUAAGCUCUUUCGUGGCAGUAUUGGUGAGUCGUGUGGCUUAAGAAGACAUGUGAUUGCUGUAAAGGAGGAUACUUGGAUGCAUUUGAAGUUCAAGGUAGGUCAGAGAAGUUGUAAAAAUGAUGGUGAUCUUGAUCGCCAUUGUUCCUUCAAAGCAAAAAAACAUGGGUACGAUUGUCAACAAAUCAUGCUUGAGCUUGCCUCUAUCUCAGUGAAGGUGACCUGGUCGAAUGUGCGAACGGCUCAGAAUUAUAAGUCAACAACCGGGCAGUAAUUACAUCAAGGACUUAACCAGGAAAGAAAUGAACAAGUGCGGAUGUAAAGCACUCUUUUUCAUAUUUGAACUUUAGUUGUGUUAUUUGAUCUUGCACCGGAUUUAUUUCUUAUUUCUUAGGCACUGGAAUGCAGCGAUUUGAUAACUUUGACUGAUUUGCUGGAACAAAUGCUAGA